AAAACAACAAGAGUCACAUGACUGUUUCAAGAUGACGGCCGAUCUAACAUUCGGCUCUAUUCCACCGUUCUAUCGGGAGGUGUAUGAAAUUGUUUGUCCUAACCAAGAGCAGGUUGACCGUGAUCUUUUUGUGCAGCUUUUAGUAAAAUCAAGCUUACCAAAACAAACUAUACUGCAAAUUUGGGACCUUGUGGGCUCUCAGCAAGGGUUAAUGACCAGAAAUGGACUUUACAAAGCUUUAGCCCUGACAGCCUUGGCACAGCAAGGAAAGUCAGUCAAUGAUAAGUUGCUAGAGACGUUUUCUGGGCAAGAAUUGCCAAAACCAUCUCUGGGAGACCUGUCUGAUUUAAAGGCUUCAAGUUUAAGACUGCGAAGAGAAAGGACACCUAAUGUUCUGUGCUUUGAUUAUAAGGAUCUAUGUGAAAUAGAUUCAAUCAAAUUAGAACUGGUUCCUGAAAAGAAAGGCAUUAUCCUUAAACAUGUAGAAUAUGAGGUUACUAGUAAGAGGCACAAGGCAACAGUACUGCGGAGGUAUAAUGACUUUGUUGCACUCCAUGAACUUUUGACAACACGCUUUCCAUAUAGAAUAAUUCCAAGGUUACCACCUAAAAAAGUUGGAGCAUCAAGAGAAUUUAUUGAACAGCGAAAGAAAUGCUUGAGGAGGUAUUUAAACAUUGUUGCCAGGCAUCCACAGAUGUAUGAUGACAAACUGGUCAAGUUCUUUUUAACAUUUACUGGAAACGAUGUGCAACAUAAAAUAAAAGAACAGUUUAAGGGAAUUCCAGAUGAGUUUAUGACCAGUGAUAUGGCCAGUAAAGCCAAGGAUCUAGUGCCUUUAGAUACCCAACAACAGCUUGGAACUAGUAAAGAACACAUUCGAGUGGUAUAUGAGAGCAUUUGUAAGUUAAAGGAAAUAGCUGAAGGUAUGGUCAUCAGAUCAACCACCUUUGCUACUGAUAUGCUACAGUUUGGCAGACAACUGAGCAUCUUAAGCAUGGAUAGUACACCUAUUACCACCUGGGCAACAGGGACUAGUCACACCUGGGAGAGACUCCAGAAAGGCUUUAGGCUUUUGUCAGUGGAGUUUGCAUCUUUGGCUGAUAAAUCUACACAGGCAGCUGUUGACGAGGAGGAUGGGCUUGUAGAAAAACUGGCAUUUUUUCAGGACCUUAUUACAGCUUAUAGAGACUUAUGUGAGAGGCAUGAAAAGGGUGUUCUGCAUGAACAUCAAAGAGCCAUACAAAAAAUGGGACAGUACAAAAAGAAGAAGUUGUCAUCACAAAAUUCAGAAACAGGUGCGAUUGAUCAGUUGGAACAAAAAAUAUUAGAGCAAGAGGGUCAAAUUGCAAACAUGGAGAAUCGGAAUUAUUACUCCUUGCACUGCCUGCAGAUGGAGACACAGCUGAUCAACACUCACUUAGACAUUUUCUAUGAGAUCAUUUCCUGCAUGGCUCGAGUGGAAACUAGUACAAAUUCAGAUUUGUCACGUAUUUGGGCAUCAAUGCAGCCAGCUAUUGCCACUCUGUCUCCAUCUGCAAAUAAUAAGGGUGAUCUUUCUCCUGGUGGCUCACCUAGUAUCAAGUUUCCAGGAUUUUAACAUUUAGGACAGUUUUCUAAAAUACAAAAAAAAAUGUAUGCAAUGAAAAUAAUUUUGCAUUCAAAUAAUUAACUACAAUGAUUAAAAAGCUUAAAAAAUUAAUAUUAGUUUUAGAAUAACAAAAAAAUUAUAUUUAUAAUUCUUGUGAUGAUCCUAAUAGACAUUCAGUUUAUUUUUGGUGUCAAGCAGGGAAAAAAUGUGUGAUAAAUUUACUGUGCCCGAAGCAUUUAUAUUUUUUAAAAUUAUUCAAAUAAAAUAACCUCAAGCUGUUUUUAAUGGAAUACUAUGGAGAAUUUGUUCCAGUUAAAUGAGUUAUGCAUCAUGACAAUAUAUCAUCUCUACUUUUUUUGUUUUUGGGACCCUUUUCAAAGAAUUUCUUCCUGCUUCAACUUCUCUGUUAAUGUAUAUUUCCCAAGUAAUAAAUACUGCAAUAUACCUCUUUUUUUUUUCCCCAAGUUUUCAAUCCCCCUGACAUGUUUUUAUUAAUUGUUGAUUUGAAUUGAAUGUGAAAAAAACCACACAAGUUUUUAGUGUUUAAUUACAGAGGAUCAGAAUUUAUUUAAUGAAUACAUUCCUGUGAAAUCUCUCCCUACCCCUGCCAUGUGAUCAUAUUGGUUUUGUUUUUUUUACUUCAUAAUUUUUAAAUAAUUUAGUGAAAAGUCUGCAAAAUAUCGUUUUCAUUACAUAUUUUAUGAUAAAGACAAGCCUACAAAUUACCUAAAGUUUUUAGCUAGUUUGAAAUUACGAGACUAAAAUAAUUUUAUAAACAGUGUGUAUUUACCAUAACCAUCUAUUCCAGACUGGCAUACAUUUUGUACAUUCAUUUUGUCUUACACAAAUAAAGACAUUAUUAUUGUAACUUAAAAAAAUGUUAUUUCACUUGCCAAAUCUUAAAUUAUCCAGAAUGGAUGAUAAAACAGCAGUCAUCUUAAUAAAAAUUGUUCACAAAAUGUUCUGAUAUAAUUCAUGAAUUAACCUAAACAUAUGCUGUACCUUUAUUAAAACAUAAUACAUGACAGGAAGGUAUAUAUUUCUUGGGUUAGAUUAAACAUAUCAGCCACAGCAUAUCAAAUACUGUUCACAUUUAGAUUUACUUCUGUUGGGGACUUGCCUUGUGUGUAUUGCCUGCUCUUAUUAUUCUAUACUGUUAUUGAUUUGGAAUUGUACAUGAACUUUAAUUUAAUUAGCUCUUUUAGAUUUUAUAGAUAUUGAUAACUGUAAGGUUUAUCUGUCUUUAUCAUACAAAUUACAGCAUGCUGUUUAACGUGUUUAUAUCUUAUUUGGAUACUGGGGUGUUUAAUUAUAAAAUUAUUAUUCUGGAUGGCCAAAACUUAAAUUCUGAAGUAAACUGAACCCAUUUAAAAAUGUUAUUGUUUAAUUUAUAAAGUGCCUAAAGGCAGAAUUCAUGCAUUAAAAUGUUCUUUUUGCAUUGUGCAUAGAAUAUAUGUUUAAGUCUACCAUACGCCCAUUCUUGAAACCAUAUAAAAUAUGUUGGUUUUUUUUUCUUCCUGAAAUUGUUACAUUUUAUAGAAUACUAUAAUUUUGCAUUUAUUGUGAUGCCCUUCUAGUCAUAGAAUGUAAAUGGCUCAUAUUGCAGCUUUCGGUUAGGACUUAAACACUUUUUAAAAUCUGUACUUGUGUUAACAAUCUCUGCUUUUAAUUAGUAAACUAGUAGAAAGCAAAAUCAGAUUUUUUAAGCAACAAAAUUUGACCAUACGAUGUAUUUUUUUUUUUGAAGAAUUAUAAUUUUUAAAUAAAAUAAGUUAUUACCGUAACAUUACAUACAAUUUUAGGUAUUAAGAUAGUCAAUUAUAUCAUUCUUUUUUUGUGUAAUUAUUAAAAUAUGUGAGUGUAGCUUGUUGAAUAUUUUACCCAAAAGUGCCUGUACUGACCAACAAUGUUUUUUUUUAUGGUCCAUUGUUCUGCUAAAUUUUCUGUAUGAAAAAAUUGCCUACCUAUAUACAUUUUUCAUCAAUUGUUUUAGUUAUUUUUUAUUUUGUAAUAUUUUUACCAACACAAAAUGAUUUUUUUAAAUGUAUGGGCACUCAUCAACUUAAGGACACUAUUUUUGUAAAGUAUUUUGCAUUGCUAGAUUAGAUCAGUAAGCCAAACAAAGAGUGAGACUAAAAAUAUUUAUGGAAUAGUUACCAACACCCUUUAAUUUUCACUUUGAUUUUUUGAAACAAAUUUAUUUUUACUAAACAGAAAUUAAAGUGUGGGACAAUUAGCCAUAAAAUGGCUAUUAGAAAUAAUAAAGUUGUCAGGUUUGUUGUUACUAUCUGUUUAGUGAAACAUACUCUGUCAUAUUUAACUGGAUUAAAUGCUGUACAUAAACAAAUGUAAACUUUAAUAAGCAAGAACAACCUAAUGGUUGCACUAACAGAAUGCUACCAUAAAUCUGUUAAUAUAGUUGUAGUUUUUUCUUGUGUUUUGUAUAUUUUUAUCAUAAUAGUCUGUGAUUUAAAUGUUUCAUAUUUACAGUCAUUCCCAAAAAUUUUCUUAUGUUAUUACUUACAGCAUUAUAUGUGGAAUGUGUAUUUUUCAGGUUUUGUGAAACAAAAUUUUUAGAAAUAUUGACAUAGAUUUUUAUUUUAUUUUUAGAAAAUACUGUGGUCUUGACUAAGUGGCUUAAGGGCCUUAUCUCUAUUAGACUCUUUCUCUCUGUGGAAUGAGUAAUUCCAGGCAAAGAUUGACUUAAGCAUUGCUAAUGCUAAAGUGUUUGAAGUUAAGUAGAAACUAUUGGACAUACUCAAUAAUGAAAGUCGCAGAGGUCUAUUCAGAAAAAAGAAUAGGUGCUUUAGACUGUUGAAUGCAACUCUCAAAUGAAGAGAAUGAUUAAAAAAUUUAACAAAGUGGAUGAAGAGAGAAAGAAAGAAUAUGUGUCCUUUGCAAUAAAAACAAAAUAUGAAUGUUAACAUUAGAGAUAACAGAUUAAAGUUUGACCAUGUUGCAACAUUGAAAAUACACUGAAAAAACAUGGCAAGUCCUCAUCAUUAACAAAAAUGCUAUGAAGUUCUGUAAUACUGCGGUCAUUAUAAUUCUAUAAAUUUAUAAAAGGACUAUAUAUAUAUAUAUUUUUUUUAAUUGUUGCAUUUUGUUUACAUUUCUUGUGUUAUAGGAUAAAACCUUAAGCUGUAUAGUUAUAAGAUUUUUAGAAAUUUGGUUGUAACUUAAUUGAUUAUGCUACAUUGAACAUUAUUACAAUCCCCUCUCUAUAUAAAUAAUGUGUCUUUCAAAAGAUUUAAUCAUACCCUUAUCAAGCAGCUAAGCAACAUUUAUGUGGCUUUAUUAUAAGUCUCACAUGAGUGUUAAUUUAAAUUAUAUAUAAUUUAUUAUUUACUUGAUUAAAAUUUAAUUGUGUUGCGGUCAGUUUUUUAAAUUAUUUUUAUUUUCACAUAUUGGAACCAGACUCAUUUUUAUAGCUUUAUAAGCUGAAUGUUUGAUAAACAGGGAAGGAGGGAAAAUGUGACCAUUACUCGCUGUACUUAAAAUGGUUUUAGUUUAGUGCUGUCUCCUAUGAAUGCUAUAAAUCAAUGUUAAUAAGGUGAUGUUUUGUUUACCUUGAGUGAAAAAAAAGUUUUCAAAAUAAUUUAUCUCAGGUUUUAUUUAUUAAUAAGAAGUCUAUAAUUGAUACAUUUUACUAAGUAUAACUACAGGUAGGAAUACUGAAGUCUAAUUCUAUACAUUAACCAUUCUAUUUGAACAGCAAAUUGUAUGCAGUUUUUCCAAAAAAGAUAUUGUCUUAAUAAGUUGUUUUUUUUUUAAAUUAAAUUUUCUGGUUUCAUUUACUUAUCAAUUGUGUUGACUUUGAUAGUUAAAAGUGUAAAAGUUUUCUGACAAACAAAUUAUAAUUUUAUUUAUGUGAGUUUGAGCAUUUUCAGAACAAUAAAUUCAUUUAAACAUUUCA